AUGGCGGGGCCCUUAAUUUCUGGGGCUCUUGUGGACAGAUUGGGCCGCAAGGGGACUGUGGCCCUCAAUAUGGGGUUCAUGACCGGCUCUUGCCUUCUGCUAACGGCUACCAGAGAUGUCAUGCUCCUUUCUGUGGGCAGAUUCAUGUCUGGGGUCUCUUGGGGCAUUUCCUUCUCCUCAAUUCCCUUGUACAUCGCGGAGAUCUCUGAGGAUUCCGUGCGAGGAGUUCUGAACACAGCAUUGAUUAUCUCCGUGGCUACUGGGAGCCUGUUCAUGUACGCCGUUGGACCGUUUGUCAGCUACGCAGUUCUCCACUACAUCUUGGUCGGCCUCUGUAUAUUCUUCUUCUUCCUGUUUCCAUUGCUGCCAAACUCUCCUUACGCUCUAGUCAUGAACAACCAAACAGUUCGUGCAAGAGACACGCUUUCUUGGCUCAGGGAGAACAGGUCUCCGUCAUACGUAGAAAAUGAACUUCAGGCCAUACAGAUGGCUAAAUGCAGAGAAACUCAGAAGAGCCAGGGUAUGACAACACUUGGUCUGGAACACAGACGACAAUCCACCCAGACUGCACAUGGAGAGGAGGGCCUUAAAGUUGAUUGGAUGUGGAAGCAGAAUCCCCUACACAGAGAAUAA